AUGCCGUUGAAGAGGAUGCCUGAAUCUCAGGAGUCAUCUAUGCUUCACCUGCAGCCUCCGCACAAAGUGGCAGCCAGGAUUCACGACCAAACCUACAUGACUCUGAUCGGCAAACACUUGGCUUCGUUUUCGGAAGAAUGCGGCGGCAGCGAGGAGCCAGAGAGUAACUCGGUGUCACUGCCUGGAUGUGGAGAGGAGGAGAUAGGGACCGAUCUAGGCAUUAAAUCAGAAUCAGAAAACUGCAACGGAUUCGCAUCGUCGGACGAAGAGGAUGGGUCUGAAGGAAAAACUUUCUUGAACGAUAAGCAGCAGAGUCCGAAAAAAACCAUCACUCAGAUCAUCAAGGACAAGAAGAAGCAAACGCAGCUCACAUUGCAAUGGUUGGAAGAAAACUACAUCGUUUGUGAAGGGGUCUGUUUACCCAGAUGUAUCCUCUAUGCCCAUUACCUAGAUUUCUGUAGGAAAGAGAAAUUGGAACCAGCUUGCGCAGCUACAUUCGGAAAGACAAUACGACAGAAGUUCCCCCUUCUGACGACCAGAAGACUUGGAACGAGAGGUCACUCAAAGUAUCACUAUUAUGGUAUUGGCAUCAAAGAGAGCAGUGCAUAUUAUCAUUCGGUAUAUUCUGGUAAAGGCUUGACAAGAUUUUCAGGAAGCAAAUUGAAAAAUGAGGGAGGUUUUACUCGGAAGUAUUCACUCAGUUCAAAAACAGGAACCUUGCUUCCAGAUUUUCCCAAUGCACAGCAUCUUCUUCUUCAAGGGCAUAUUUCAAAGGAGAAGGUAGAUACAUUAAUUAUGAUGUACAAAACACAUUGCCAAUGUAUCCUGGAUAAUGCAAUCAAUGGAAACUUUGAAGAGAUUCAGAACUUCCUAUUGCACUUUUGGCAAGGGAUGCCAGACCAUCUUCUUCCUUUGUUGGAAAAUCCUGUCAUCAUUGAUAUAUUUUGUGUCUGUGACUCCAUACUUUACAAAGUCCUGACAGAUGUUCUCAUUCCAGCAACAAUGCAAGAAAUGCCAGAAAGUUUGCUGGCAGACAUCAGAAAUUUUGCUAAGCAUUGGGAGCACUGGAUAUCUUUGUCACUGGAAAAUCUCCCAGACACUCUGGCAGAAAAGAAGUUGCCCAUUGCACAAAGAUUUGUGUCUUCUCUGAAGCGGCAAACUUCAUUUUUGCAUCUUGCACAGAUUGCCAGGCCAGCUUUAUUUGACCAGACUGUUGUGAAUUCCAUGGUGGCGGACAUUGAAAAAGUGGAUCUAAACAGCAUUAGUUCACAAGCCCUUCUUGCAGUAUCAGGUGGAGCUGACCAGGAAUUUGAACUGUAUUCUGAUUAUGACUCUAUUACAGUGUUUCAAGAACUGAAGGAUCUGUUGAAGAAAAAUGCUACUGUCGAAUCAUUUAUUGAAUGGUUGGAUACAGUAGUAGAGCAAAGAGUCAUCAAGCCAAGCAAACAAAAUGGAAGAUCCCUUAAGAAGAGAGCACAGGAUUUUCUUUUGAGAUGGAGCUUUUUUGGAGCUCGGGUCAUGCAUAACCUUACUCUCAACAAUGCUUCAAGCUUUGGCUCCUUUCAUCUGAUUCGAAUGCUGCUGGAUGAAUACAUUCUGUUGGCUAUGGAGACUCAGUUUAACAAUGACAAAGAGCAAGAGCUACAGAAUCUCCUGGAUAAAUACAUGAAAAAUGCAGAAUCUAGCAAAACAACUUUUACAGCACCUCCAAGUUCCUGUUUUCUUGCAAGCCGAAGUAAACAUGCACUGCUUUCUAAUGAUGCCAUGGUAAAAAAUGAAUCUUUGGCAGAGCAGCCAUAUACAUCUCUCUCGGCAAGCCAACACAACCUGGCUACUGGUGUAACUCCAUUUUCAAAUGUGGAAAACAGUGCUCUUCAAAUGGCAGAUCCUAUGGAACUUGCUCACAAUAAUGGUCAUGUGAUCACCCCACCUCUGUCUCCUGCAUUGGGCAACAGAGGAAGCGUAAUCAAUCAAGGACCAAUGGCUGUAAGGUCACAGAAUGGCAGCUCAGCAUUAUCUGUCCACACGCAUUGCCACUCGUACCCAGAUUCACUCUAUCAGACUUUACCCCAGCCCGGUCAAAACUUCUACGGCACUAGUUCCAACUAUCAAACCAUGUUCAGAAAUCAGACUCAUGCCAGUGCUGCAGUCUACCAGCAUAGAGUGGACCCCAGCCGUUUCACUUCUUUCAAUGAACAACCUGUUUCAAGAGACUUCUUCAGAAGUAGCUGUGCCGUGUCACCCUAUAACUCCAGACCUCCGUCUAACUUUGGAUCAUCUUCAAAUCCACAGGAACCACACAAUUUGCAGUUGCUGAAUGCAGGCACCUUUAACUUUUUGGGGAAUUCAGUUGCAUGCCAAGGAGCAUCAUUUUCUUCCACUGGCUCAAAUGGAUACUAUGGCAACAAUAACUACACAGAAUCUCACAGAUUGGGGUCCAUGAUUGACCAACACGUAUCUGUAAUUAGCAGCGUUAGCAGCAUUCGGUCAGUAGCUGGUUACAACGACAUCCACGAUCCACUCAACAUUCUGGAUGAUGGUGGAAGGAAACAUCCAGGAUCAUUCUAUGCAGAUUCAUCACCUUUAGUCUGCCGAACUCCUGCAGGUUCACAUAUGCAAAGUGUGAUUUCUUCAUCUUCUUCCCAGUGCAUGUACAGCGACUCUGUGCAAUAUAAUUCUCAGGACACUAUGGAUGCUCGCAGACAAUCUGGGGAGGUGACAAACAUUGUAUCAUCUCUACCCCCUAUCAACACAGUGUUCAUGGGAGCCACAGCUGGCGGAACAUAAAGGGCUUGAUUCAAAGCUUAACAAUUCCCAUCAAGUAUAAAGUGUAUCUCAAGCAUUUAUUCGGUUGUGGUGUUAUCUGAACAAUAUUUCAGGAAGUUCGACCAGCCGGCAAAUCCAAAACUGUGACAAUAUCUUUGUUGUAUAUUUUUCUAUUUGACUUUGACAUAGAGAAAUUGAAAACAUAACUGGAGAUUAAUGGAUCAUGUUUAGAAUCAAUAUUUCUUUCUAAAAGUCAAAAAUAAUAAAUUAUACAGAUUAUAAUUUAGAAAUAGUAAAACUGUAAUAUUUGUUUAUAAUUAUUUAUAAUUAUCUGAUGGAAUCAUUUCUAUGUCUAAUUAAUUGUUAAAUAAUGCAUCACCUUUUAUGACCAAUGUUCAAUCGUUAUGGUGUAUUUUUCCUAUCUGGAAUAUUGCUUUAUAUUUUCUGCAGGGUUCAGUUAAGCCUUGUCAUGUUGGUUUCAAUUACUUCAUCUUAUUUUAGCACGAUUAUAUAAGUCUCAGUACAUGAAGUUGCCAUUGAAUAUGUUUUCUUGAGUAGAAUAUCCUACUGUGACAAUAUAGCCAAUGCACGUUCCAAAUGGUGCUGUUGUACAUCACUAUUUUGCUGAUGGUAACUUGCUCCGUGAUCUCUUAAUUUUAUUAUUAAUUUUUGCCACAGCAGGUAGUAUCACAGUGGCACUGCUAGUAGAGCUGCAGUCUCACAGCUCCAGCUCCAAACUCCACAAUCCUGACCUCUGAUGCUGUCAAUGUAGAAUUUGUACAUCCAUGACAGCAUGAGGUGUCCAAUUUCUUCCUACAUUCCAAACAUAUGCAGGCUGUUUGGUUAAUUGGCUACUGUAAAUUGCCCCUAGUGUGUAGCUGAGCGGUAGAAUUUUGGGGGGAGUUGAUGAGAAUGUGGGGAGAAUAAAAUGGGUUGUGGUGGAUUUAGCGUAAAAAUGGGUGCUUGAUGAUCAGUGCAGAUACAGUGGGCCAAAAGGCCUGUUUCUGAGUAACUCCAUGACACUAGAAAUGGCAGCUAAUCAGAAGAAACAGCUAAUUGCAAUGUUCAUCAGCUUUUACUACUUGCAUAUAAUGGCUCAGACUUUGCAGCUGUAGCAAAACAACAGCAAAUACUUCUGAUCCAGGAAACAAUUCCCCACAGACUAUGGAACAACUUUUUUUAUAGAAACUUCCCUUUUUCUGAUACUUGUGCCGAUGAGGCAUCAACUGAACAGCAUCCCUGGGUCAGUAAUCAGGCUAAGUAGCCAAUCACAUUGAAGAAUGUUCAUGGGCAACAAAGUAGGAAGGAAAACUAAAAUGUUUCAUUAACUUUUAAAAUAUUAUGCAGAACACUAAAUAAAGAUUGAAAAGCACAUAUGACUAAGGUGGAAGCAAAAUGUACAAAUUUAAUAAAUAAUGUUGUGGACUUGU